UCACUAAUUAUCAAAAUUACUAAAAUGCCAUUAGACCAAAAAACUUUCACUUCUGCUCUUUCUUUCUCUCUCUCUGUUUGAUUUCCCUCUCUAACUUUCCCGAGAAAAUCCAACCUGCAUUGACUGAGUCGGACUUCGCGAACUCGCCGGAACGGCCGGUGGAGCCAGUGGCGUAGCCAUUGAAUCCCUGGUCUACCACGUUUCCGUUCGAUGCGUUGUUUUUCGAAUUUGUCGUUGUGACCAGUGGAGCCCCGGCUGUAUUGGCGGAACGAGUCCAUUGGCAAGUUCCGGUUGUUGGAGUAGGUAUUGAACGAGUCGGCUCCGCCGACCGAUCGGUGCCGUAGUUGGUGAAGUUCUGGUCCGCUUACCCAGCAAAGUUUGAGUCUUUGUCGUGCUUCUCGAGACUCGGCGCUAAUCGGGGAAGCAAAGGAGGUUCGCGGAGGAGCAGAAGGCCGAGAGGUGAGUCAGAGCGAGUUCUGGGCGGCGAGUUUGGAGAAACUCGCUGAGUCGACGGUGCUCAAUGGGGACGCCUUGGAUAACAAAAAACCCGGGUUGGACUUGAGUUUUCUUCCCCAAAACCAAAAUUCAUUCCUUGUUGUUUGUUUGUUUUGGUCGGUCAUCAAGCUUCAUUCAAACAUGGCUUCUAAGCUCGUAAGGCAUAGCCAUCUCAGAGCCCUAAGCUCCUCCAUCUCCAUCAACAAUCACAUUUGCUCUCCUCACUUCUCUAACCCUAACCGAGCUCCCCUCAGCUUCAGCUAUAAGCUCUUCUCCAAUGCCUCUUCUUCUUCCUCUACUGGAGGAUUCCAACGAGCUUCCUCUUUGAAAGACCUCGAGCUCGCUAAAUUCGCCUCCAUUGCCGAAACCUGGUGGGAUUCUGAGGGGCCAUUUAAGCCAUUGCAUGUGAUGAAUCCUACAAGACUUGCUUUCAUUCGCUCCACUCUUUGUCGACAUUUCGGGCUUAAAAUAGUUGAUGUUGGUUGUGGCGGUGGAAUUCUCUCAGAGCCAUUAGCUCGAAUGGGAGCUACUGUAACAGGAGUUGAUGCUGUGGAGAAAAAUAUCAAGAUUGCGCGCAUUCAUGCUGAUUUGGAUCCAGUGACUUCAACUAUUGAGUACUGUUGCACAACAGCUGAAAAGCUAGUAGAGGAAGACAGGAAGUUUGAUGCUGUGAUUGCUCUAGAAGAUUUCUGGGAUUCAAGAAAAUAAGAAUGCAAAUCUGAAAUUUUACCAUUGGAUGGAAAAGUUUCUGGAAAAAGACUCUUCAAAGACAUCUCCCCCCCCCCCCUCUCCUUGAUUGGUAAGUUACUCACACACCUAAUGGGUCUUGAUCCCAAGGCCUCAUCCACCAUCUCAUUAAUAUGGUAGGAAGAAGUGCCAGUUAAGCUAUAGCUCAUUGGCAACUCUUCAAAGACUAUAUAUGCUACAUUUUGAGAUACUCCAUGAUACUAACCUUAAUAGUUGAUAGUACUUGAUACAUAUAGCCUUUUAACAUUUGACCUUGAAGCUCAAUAAACGUCAAGCUUGUAACAUGAUUCAAUGCUCCUGCAUUAUCAAAUUGGAUCCCGUUUGGAAGUCCUCUGUAAAUACAGGACAGUUAAACAUAAAUUACGCAAGAUAAAUUUAGAUUUCCGCUAAAGAUAAUAUGAGUAUCCACCUAUGAAAUUGAAAUUGAAGGUAUAUUUGUGAUGAUUAAUGGAAAGGUUUAACAAAGGUACAAAUAUAAUAGUGUUCCCAAAACUUUGGGUUUUUCUUAGUACACUUUUCUUCAUGCUUCUCUA